GCAUUAUCAGAACCUGACAACUCCAAAAUCGUUGGCCCAAUAAGCCCAAGCGAGAAGCCCAUUAAUAACCCAAAAGGGCCGUAUCUGUGUCAGCGGCUAAUCAUCGUCUCAUCUCCAUCAUCUCGUCCCGUCACGUUUGUGUUGCAGACAGAGAAACCCUAGCCUAGCCGCCAUAGCCAUUGGCAUAGGCAUAGAGAUGAUCCUUGGCAGAAGAAUAGCGAUUGCGAGCAGGUCAUACUACACGAACAGGAGCAAGAAACCCAGCCUGUACUCCAAAAUCAGUCCCCUAGGAAAUCCAAGCACAAGCGUUGUAUCAGAGCUCGAGGAUUGGGUGUACAAAGGGAACAAGGUUCGAGUCGGAGAACUUCAGCGCAUAAUUCGAGACCUUCGCAAGCGCAGUAGGUUCUCCCAAGCUCUCCAGGUAUCUGAGUGGAUGUACGAGAAUGGUGUGUGCAUAUUUUCUCCAACUGAACACGCGGUGCAUUUGGAUCUCAUUGGCAAGGUUCAUGGUUUCGCUUCUGCAGAAAACUAUUUUAAUAGCUUGAAGGAUCAAGACAAGACUAUUAAGACAUACGGUGCUCUUUUGAAUUGCUAUGUUCGUCAGCGCCAAAUUGAUAAGGCCCUUUCCCAUUUGCACAAAAUGAAGGAUUUGGGGUUUGCUUCAUCAGCUCUAACCUACAAUGACAUUAUGUGUCUAUAUACAAAUAUUGGGCAGCAUGAGAAGGUUCUUGAGGUGCUAACUGAGAUGAAAGAAAAUCAAGUCUUGCCUGAUAACUUCAGCUACAGGAUUUGCAUUAAUUCUUAUGGUGUGAGGUCUGAUAUUGAUGGAAUGGAAACAAUAUUGGAAGAGAUGGAGAAUCAACCACACAUAGUGAUGGAUUGGAACACUUAUUCCAUUGUGGCUAAUUUUUAUAUAAAAGCAGGAUUUUCAAGAGAGGCAAUUUAUGCUCUAAGGAAAUCUGAGGAGAGGUUGGAUAAUAAAGAUGGGCAGGGUUAUAAUCAUCUCAUCUCUCUUUAUACCCGUCUUGGACACAAGAAUGAGGUCAUGAGAGUCUGGGAUUUGGAGAAAAGUGCUUGCAAGAGAUGCAUAAACAGGGAUUAUAUGACCAUGUUAGAAUCUCUGGUAAAGCUUGGGGAGUUUGAUGAAGCUAAGAAAAUACUGAAGGAAUGGGAAUCUUCUGGCAAUUGUUAUGAUUUUGGAAUCCCAAGUAUUGUAAUCAUUGGGUACACAGAAAAAGGUUUGCCUGAGAAAGCAGAAGCCAUGCUUGAAGAUUUACAAAAGAAGGAAAAGGUCACUACCCCAAACUGUUGGACUGCAGUGGCAGGUGGAUACCUGCAUAAGAGGGAGAUGGAGAAGGCAUUGAGGUGCUUUAAAACUGCCCUCACUUUGUACGUGGAAAAUAAAGGAUGGAAGCCUAACCCAAAGGUGGCUGCAGCACUAUUGAGUUGGAUUGGUGAAAACGGCAGUGUAGAAGAUGCAGAAGUUUUGGUGAGCUUAUUAAGAAAUGUUGUCACAGUAAAUAGACAAAUGUAUCAUACCCUACUCAAAGCCUAUAAACGAGCUGGUAAAGAAGUAGAUGAACUUUUAGACCGCAUGAAAAUAGAUAACAUCGAUGAAACCAAAGAAACUCAGAAAAUUGUUAAGAUGAAGAGUGCAUAAAUAUUUUUGCUUAGGUCCCUGAUGAUAUCUGAACACCUAAAGAAAGCAUGCAGACAAUCUGAAACAUAGUUUCACAUUAUAUUCAGCGGUUGAAUCA